AGGAUGGAUAGCAGCUGAACCCGAACUGUCAGGCGUAGCGUGACAGGGUCGCCCUCACUACUGUCGACGCUGUGUCCAAUGACAGCAGUGUACGUUGUGCACGGCGCGGCCGCGACCUCUACUACUGGAUCGCUGUAUUCACUAGCCGCGUCGCUACUGCUGAUCUGUUCUAAGAGGAAGAAUACACGACACUGAUGAUGCCGAGGUCAUGACCAAUGCCAGCGCUUUGACAGACCCUCAGAGUGAUCUCCCCUUGGAUAUACCAUGGGUGGAAAGAGCCAUAGAGGGCGGUGUUCUGAUAAUAAUAUUAAUUGUGGCCUUGUUGGGCAAUAUUUCUCUUUGGAUCGUAAUCCUGAGAUCACGUGACCUACGGAAUGAGUCGAACUAUCUCGUGUUGUGUUUGUCUUUCGCGGACAUCUUGGUUUCUGGGAUAAAUAUGCCGGUGACAAUAUUCACAAUUUUCAACGGAGAUUGGUACUUCUCAAAGCUGACGUGCACGGCAACCGGCUUCACCAACAUGAUCACCUUCGUCGGUAGCGUCAUGUCUCUCGGUAUUAUCAGCUUCAACCGGUACAUUAAAAUAUGCCAGUCACAUCGGUACAGGGCGAUCUACACACCACGGAACAUCGUCUUCAUGGUCGGAGGUGUGUGGUGUUUCUCCGGUCUGCUUGCUUUGCCUCCGCUGAUUGGCUGGGGAAUAUACGAUUACAUACCGACACAGUCUUUCUGCUUCUGUGAUUGGCCGACGUCAGUUUCAUUCACGUUCUUCAUGGUUGGAUUGUGUUUCGGGGGACCCUGUUCUGUUAUGACAUUCUGCUACAUCAAGAUCUUAAGAAUCUUCCGUGCCAGUAAAUCUCGUAUCAGCUCGUCCUCCCAACUCCCUUCAGCACCAAACUCAAAACCACCAUCACUGAAAAGACCCAAGAAAGACAAGACGUCCAACCUUCUUGAUAAACCAUCUGUCCAAAAUACUAUCUUCCUAACGGUGCCGGAAGACGAAGGUUCAAAGGCUAGGACCAAAAUAGCAACAUUGCGUUCCCAGAAGGCAGCGCGCAGGCGCCAAGAAGAGUUCCGGUUAGCCAUGUCUCUGUUGGUUGUAAUUUUCGUCUUCGUGGCCUGCUGGCUGCCAUUUUGUAUAACAAUGUUUUUAUGUCUGUGUUUCUGCCGAGUAGCGUCAAACGAGGAUCGGACAUGUUCACUAUUCUGCUCGGAUACGCCAACAGCGGCUGCAAUCCCAUCAUCUACGGUUUCAUGAACAACAGAUUUAAGAUAGCCUAUAAGAAAUUGUUCUACGAUAUUAUCUCCCCUUGCAAGAACGUGCCGCAAGAACGAAAGGAACACGAAUCAAGUCCGUUCCCUUCCGGGUCUGAGGUACAAGACGCGACAUCAUCACAGGCAUAGUUAAUUAUCGUUAUCAAAACCCCAACUAAGGUCUUAGAAUUUGGACUUCAGUAACCCAUGCUUGUCGUAAGAGGCGACUCACGGGAUCGGGUGGUCAGGCUCGCUGACUUGCUUGACACGUACUAUCUUUUGUGAGAAAUCAUGCAAGAGUGGAUUCUACAUCAGUCAAUUACAUGUACAAGCAGUUUAGGUGUCGAAUCUGAAAAAUGUUAAAAUAUCAGUUUCAUCAAAAUAUAUUAGGUUGUAAAAUUGUGCUAUGAUCCUAGAUAUGGUAAAAUUUGCUUACAGAAUUCUGAUCUGAAUUCAAACAUGGCUACCACGCCGGCCAUAUUGAAAAUAUUGUUCUGGCAGUUUUUCCUGAGAGUGUCAUGAUAAAAUAUCCUAUUAUACUUAAACAAGCGUAGUUAGCUUCAUAUAAUUGUCUUUACUAUUUAAUCUUGCAAAAUAUUCAAGGGCACCAUUAAGACCGUUGAAGGCAACAUGAGGUUAAACUAGGCCUGAGACAGUACGUAGGCGACGGCUUAGCAGAUAUCAGUGUUGGCUGCCGAAGCACUGUAUAUUUUCACAUAUUCUAAGUGUAUCCUAUGUUAUUUUGUUAUAUAUUUUAAUACGGGUAUUGGUGCAAUAGUUAUCAUGAUAGUAUGAAUAUCCUUACAUUUUCUAUUACGAUAUAUUUAGGAAUAACAAAAGUGUUAUAAAUUAAUCAGUGUAUAAAACAUUAUUCUUUUCACAACUGUAAACUAUGUAAAUUAAAUGUACAUUCAUGAAAUAUAUAUUCAUCAUAAUAGAUUUUAUACCACUUAUCUCAAAUGCUGAGCAAGUACACGUUUGAAAACUGGAUUUUACCAUAUAUUUACAUACGUUUACGUUUUCGAAACAUUACUAGGCUGAAAACAGCCAAAACUAUGAUGAUAUAUCAAAUAUUCAUCAUCACCGAAUAGCCAUAUUUUGUUUGUUUGACAUUUAGACACCAUCAAACAUGGAUGUACAAUUUGUUUGACCAAGCAGUAUCCAUCAUGACGUAUAUUGACGGUAACGUCGUAUAUUGACGAUGGCGUUAGGUUGAUAUAAGAGAUAUCACCAUCGGUCCUAAAUCUUUCAGUAACAAAGGCUAAACAUGGAAAUGUUUCUCGGGCAUCACGAGAUCCUGCGCCAAAUUUUCAGCGUCAUGUGACGCACUGUUAUCCAUGGCACACUUUUGUCAAAAUUUAGACAGGUAGGAUUUUACUAAAGUGUAAAAAAGUGAAAACAAACACAAUAGUAUACGCACAUUAUGCUCGGUUCUUUAUGCAAUAACAAGAUUGGAUAACAAUACGUCACACUAAAAAAUUUGACAGCAUGGAAAGUGAGGUACGAGGUUAGCGCCGAGAGUUACCCGUUCUGGGCGGGCGGGUCCAUUCUGGGUUCCGUAGGGGUGGUCGAACAAGACAAAAAUAUAGUUACAACUGUCGUAGGGAUUAAAAAAUGGAUAUUUUAAUGCUAUAUGUACCCCAAGGAGGAUCUCUCAUGAAAAAGAAUUUGGAAAAAUUAGAAAAAUAGACAGUUUCUCGGGCCAGAGACCAUAUCGUUUAUUUUUCUUUCCAGCUUAACGUAUGAUGCUGAUGUACAUGACUAACUUUGUAAUAAAUAAAAUUCACCGUGA